AUGGAUGGAAACUUGAAAAACCGAAGAAUAACAGAUGAGAGUCUACAUGAUAAGCUUAACAAGCUGCCUAUCCCCGACAGUGAUAAGCUUAACAAGCUGCCUAUCCCCGACAGUGAUAAGCUUAACAAGCUGCCUAUCCCCGACAGUGAUAAGCUUAAGCUGCCUAUCCCCGACAGUGAUAAGCUUAAGCUGCCUAUCACCGACAGUGAUAAGCUUAAGCUGCCUAUCACCGACAGUGAUAAGCUUAACAAGCUGCCUAUCCCCGACAGUGAUAAGCUUAAGCUGCCUAUCCCCGACAGUGAUAAGCUUGACAAGCUGCCUAUCCCCGACAGUGAUAACCUUAACAAGCUUCCUAUCCCCGACAGUGAUAAGCUUGACAAGCUGCCUAUCCCCGACAGUGAUAACCUUAACAAGCUUCCUAUCCCCGACAGUGACAAGCUGCCUAUCCCCGACAGUGAUAACCUUAACAAGCUUCCUAUCCCCGACAGUGAUAAGCUUGACAAGCUGCCUAUCCCCGACAGUGAUAACCUUAACAAGCUUCCUAUCCCCGACAGUGAUAAGCUUGACAAGCUGCCUAUCCCCGACAGUGAUAAGCUUGACAAGCUGCCUAUCCCCGACAGUGAUAAGCUUGACAAGCUGCCUAUCCCCGACAGUGAUAAGCUUGACAAGCUGCCUAUCCCCGACAGUGAUAAGCUUGACAAGCUGCCUAUCCCCGACAGUUGGGAACUACCAUAUUAUGACAAUGAAAAUAUUCAUAAAAUAUCACAGAACUAG